GGAAUGUACCUGUAGAUUUCCCUGAUCUGGAGAUUCUACAGUCACCACAUGGGAAACAUCAGGCUUCUGAAUGUAACACAUUUCCCUCAGAUAAGAUGUCAUUCACAUGGCAAUACAUUUUGCAGACUGAAACCAGACAGCUUAAAAGCAUGGAAAGCAGUGAGUUUAUGAAGAAAACAGAACGAGGAAUGCAUCUGGAAACUUCUGCAGGAGAAAGGCAGGGCAAUUGGCUUAAUGAUGGCAGUACUUCAGUGCCCGCUAAGAAAAGGUUUUCUACUCCAUUAAUUCACAGUGAAAAAAUGCAAAACAAUAUCCCGACGGAGUCAUAUAAAUGCACCACGUGUGAUAAAAGUUUUAGACAGAAAAGUGUUGUUAUAAUUCAUCAACAUGUCCACACUGAGCAGAAACAAUAUAAAUGUACCACAUGUGACAAGAGUUAUAGGCACAAAAGGAGUCUGGUAAUUCAUCAGCGUAUCCACACUGAGCAGGCACCAUAUAAAUGCACCACAUGUGAUAAAAGUUUUAGACAGAAAGUCAGUCUUAUAAUUCAUCAGCUUAUCCACACUGAGCAGAAACCCUAUAAAUGUACCACAUGUGACAAGAGUUUUAGGCACAAAAGCACUCUGUCAGAGCAUCAGCAUAUUCACACUAAUCAGAAAUCCUAUAAAUGUACCAUGUGUGAGAAGUGUUUUAAGCACAAACAGAGUCUGGUAAUUCAUCAAUGUAUCCACACUGGGCAAAAACCCUACAAAUGUACCACAUGUGACAAGAGUUUUACGUCCAAACCCAAUCUGGUAAGGCAUCAGCUUAUCCACACUGGGCAAAAACCCUAUAAAUGUACCACAUGUGAGAAGAGGUUCAGUGUGAAAAGUGCUGUUGUAUGUCAUCAGCGUAUCCACACUGAGCAGAAACCCUAUAAAUGUACCAUAUGUGACAAGAGUUUUAGGCACAAAAGCACUCUGGUAGGGCAUCAGAAUAUUCACACUAAUUUGAAAUCCUAUAAAUGCACCAUGUGUGAGAAGAGUUUUAAGCACAGACAGAGUCUGGUAAUUCAUCAGUGUAUCCACACUGGGCAAAAACCCUAUAAAUGUGCCACAUGUGACAAAAGUUUUAGGUCCAAAAACGAUCUGGUAAGGCAUCAGCUUAUCCACACUAAUCAGAAAUCCUAUAAAUGUACCACGUGUGAGAAGUGUUUUAAGCACAAACAGAGUCUGGUAAUUCAUCAAUGUAUCCACACUGGGCAAAAACCCUAUAAAUGUACCACAUGUGACAAAAGUUUUAGGUACAAAAACAAUCUGGUAAGUCAUCAGCGGAUCCACACUGAGCAGAAACCCUAUAAAUGUACCAUAUGUGACAAGAGUUUUAGGCACAAAAACACUCUGUCAGAGCAUCAGCAUAUUCACACUAAUCAGAAAUCCUAUAAAUGUACCAUGUGUGAGAAGUGUUUUAAGCACAAAAAGAGUCUGGUAAUUCAUCAAUGUAUCCACACUGGGCAAAAACCCCAUAAAUGUACCACAUGUGACAAAAGUUUUACGUCCAAACCCAAUCUGGUAAGGCAUCAGCGUAUUCACACCGGGUAAAAAUUAUCAGAAGCUUCAGAUAAAAAUUUGCGUUCAUUAAUACAACAGAUUUUUGAAAAACAGUACAUAGAUCAAGAAGCUUUGAUCUCUAUGGAAAAAGAAGCCUUUGAAGAAGUGGAAAAAUAUAAACAACAAAACUUGGAGAUAUUUGAUAAAGCUAAAAAAGAGAUAUGGACAUGUGAAAGCGAGAGAUUUGAUACGGUGCAAUAUUUAUGCAAAUGAGAAUGCUAGGUUAACUAAUAUAGAGAAGGCAGUCUCAAAAGUAUUCAAAG